AGAUUAUGCCAUCGUGCGAGCUUCCCAACCCCUCACCACUGGUUUCAUCGACGCCGUCUCUGUUCCGCCGAACGCCGCCAUAUCGAGCAUCCCCUCCGCUCCUCCAUCACCACUGGUUUCAUCUUCCACGGCGAGGCCUGCCGGAAAACUGAAGGUCGCCGUCAUUCCCAUCAAUUUCUCCCUCCUCUGCGCCGUCACAUUUAAAUCCUAAUUUGAGAAACCCUAACACCAGUUCCACACUCCAACCAUGUCUUCAUCGAGAGAAGGAGACCCGAACCUGGGUUACCUGACCCGGAAGGACACGGAGGUGAAGCUUCCUCGCCCGACCCGCGUCAAGAACAAAACCCCCGCUCCGAUUCAAAUCACCGCCGAGCAGAUUCUCCGUGAGGCUAGGGAGCGCCAGGAGGCGGAGAUACGCCCACCGAAGCUGAAAAUCACCGACCCCCACGAGCUCGGCGAGUAUCGCCUCCGCAAGCGGAAGGAGUUCGAGGACCUGAUUCGCCGUGUCCGAUGGAACACCAGCGUCUGGCUCAAGUACGCGCAGUGGGAGGUCUCGCAAAACGACUUCAAACGUGCGCGUUCUGUUUGGGAGCGCGCGCUGGAGGUGGAUUACAAGAACCACACGCUGUGGCUGAAGUAUGCGGAGGUGGAGAUGAAGAACAAGUUCAUCAACCAUGCGAGGAAUGUGUGGGAUCGCGCCGUCACGCUGUUGCCGAGAAUUGACCAGCUCUGGUAUAAGUAUAUUCACAUGGAGGAGAUGCUGGGCAAUGUAGCUGGCGCGCGGCAGGUUUUCGAGCGGUGGAUGAAGUGGAUGCCGGACCAGCAGGGCUGGCUCUCGUACAUUAAGUUCGAGCUCCGGUACGGGGAGAUUGACCGUGCCAGGGGGAUUUUCGAGCGGUUCGUGCUGUGCCACCCGAGGGUUGGCGCUUGGAUACGCUAUGCAAAGUUUGAGAUGAAGGGUGGUGAAGUUGCCAAGGCAAGGAAUGUGUACGAGCGGGCGGUGGAGAAGCUUGCGGACGAUGAGGAGGCGGAGCAGCUUUUCGUUGCAUUUGCGGAGUUUGAGGAGCGGUGUAAGGAGUCGGAGCGUGCCAGGUGUAUAUACAAAUUUGCACUUGAUCAUAUACCCAAGGGAAGGGCGGAGGAUUUGUAUAGGAAGUUUGUGGCGUUUGAGAAGCAGUAUGGGGACAGGGAAGGGAUUGAGGAUGCUAUUGUGGGGAAGAGAAGGUUUCAGUAUGAGGAUGAAGUGAGGAAAAACCCCUUGAAUUAUGAUUCCUGGUUUGACUAUAUAAGGUUGGAAGAGAGUGUGGGGAGUAAGGAAAGGGUCAGGGACGUUUAUGAGAGAGCUAUUGCCAAUGUUCCUCCUGCGGAGGAGAAGCGGUACUGGCAGCGAUAUAUCUAUUUGUGGAUUAAUUAUGCACUCUAUGAAGAGCUUGAUGCUGGAGAUGUGGAGCGAACAAGAGAUGUAUACAAGGAGUGUCUUAACUUAAUACCUCACAAAAAGUUCUCGUUCGCGAAGAUGUGGCUUCUAGCAGCCCAAUUUGAAAUACGUCAGCUGAAUCUCACAGCUGCUCGUCAAAUAUUAGGAAAUGCUAUUGGAAAGGCUCCUAAAGAUAAGAUUUUUAAGAAGUAUAUAGAGAUAGAACUGCAGCUUGGUAACAUUGAUCGAUGCAGAAAAUUGUAUGAAAAAUAUUUGGAGUGGGCGCCUGAAAAUUGCUAUGCUUGGAGCAAGUAUGCAGAAUUGGAGAGAUCUUUAUCUGAGACUGAUCGAGCUAGAUCCAUAUUUGAGCUUGCAAUUGCCCAGCCAGCUUUGGACAUGCCUGAGCUGUUGUGGAAGGCAUACAUUGACUUUGAGACUGCUGAGGGUGAAUUUGAGAGAGCAAGAGCACUUUAUGAAAGGCUUCUUGAUCGAACAAAGCACUUGAAGGUAUGGAUAAGCUAUGCAGAAUUUGAGGCAACAGCUGUGGAUGAGGGUUUAGACUUACCAGAAGAAGAACAAAAGAAGCAAUGCAUUCAGCGUGCUAGAAGGGUGUUUGAAGAAGCUCUAAACUACUUCAGAUCAUCGGCUCCUGAUUUGAAAGAAGAAAGGGCAAUGCUAUUGGAAAAAUGGCUCAACCUGGAGGCUUCAUCUGGUGAACUGGGUGAUGUUAGCUUAGUCCAGUCUAAGCUGCCCAAGAAGCUCAAGAAGAGAAGACAUGUUCCCACUGAAGAUGGUUCUUCUAGAAUCGAAGAAUUCAUCGACUAUUUAUUUCCUGAGGAAACUCAGACCACCAAUCUCAAGAUCUUGGAAGCUGCUUACAAAUGGAAGAAGCAAAAAUUGUCUUCGGAUGAUGAUGAUUAGCACUAGCAGUAUCUUAUCUUGGAUCUGUACCUGAGUGUAUUCUUUGGCAAGUCGAUUUUGUGACUGAAGUUUGUGUUACAGAACUGCAUCUGAGAACUUCUAAAACUGUGACCCACGAUUGAUUAAGGCAAUAGAUGGUCUGAUCAGUACCAGAAUUAUUUAUUGAGUGUACAUAUGUUCAUAACAUUUUCUAUUUGGUACAUGCUCAAACACUUGUUGAUUCUUUUUCAUGUAAUUCGCAAGUUUGCAUGCUUCUCUUGUCAUGGUCUGUUAAAAAUUAAAAUGAUGACCUGGUCGGUUUUUAUUGUCGAUAGGCUCUAAUCAGAAAUUUUAAUUCCAUUUAGAAA